AUGUGCAGACUAGAGCCAUUUCUGAAGAGGUCCCUGGUGGUCCUCCUUUUCCUGGGCCUGGCAGAGGCCUGCAUUCCUCGUGAAGUUGCAACGGAAGAGAAAAUCAUGCUUGCCUCUAUCCUGGGGUUAAUGGGCAGACUGUCCCCGGAUGGUUUCAGACAAAACAUCAUAUCCUCCUCCAAGAUGCCUCCCCUGGUAACCACUCCAGACAAGUCAGAAGAAGAAAGUAAGUACUUGAAAAGGAUCCUUGGUCUACUGAGCCUCCAAGUGCUAAGCGAAGAAACAAGUGACUGCAAAGAAGAAGUGAAGCCUUCUCCGGCCACCACUACAGCCAGGGGACUUGUGAGGAGCAGCGGCUGGAACUUUCUGAGGUGUGCCUACAUGGUGAUGACGUUCUUCUUCGUGACCUACAAUAAAGGAGACUGGUGUUACUGCCACUAUUGUAACCCGGACCUGGAUUUGAGAGACGACCCCUGCUGUUCUUUCUAG